AUGUCAUUACCGACUAGCAAACAGCGGAGAAACGUGCGUGGAACAGGCGAUACCGAGGUACUCGCUGAGGAUGGGAGUAUGGAAGGGGAGGCGUUGGGCCCUGGUUCGUUCCCUGGGGUGAGCCUGGCCUGGGCACCCCUUGGCUCGCUCUCGCCUGGGUGCGCCCCGCGGAGCAGCGCACACCUCGGGCUCAGCCCAGAGCAGCGACCGCGCCUAAACGCGCAGUACUCAACCUGUCGAUGGUGUCGCGUGGUUGCUAUGUGGCUCCUUGAUGUCUUGGUUGAAGAAGAGCAUGUCUGCAAGUCUGGCUUUGUUGGUGUUGAGACUGGUGCCCAGAAAGCGAUAAAUGUAGUUUUAGGAUUUUGUGGGCCAAAUGUUGACAUUCGCAAUGAUAUCCAUGAGCUGAAACGCCUGGAGAACUGUACGGUAAUUGAGGGUUUCCUUCAAAUUCUGCUCAUCUCUAAAGCAGAGGAUUACCGCAACUUCCGCUUCCCAAAGCUCACUGUCAUAACUGACUAUUUGCUGCUGUUCCGUGUGGCAGGCUUGGAAAGCCUCAGUGAUCUCUUCCCCAACCUCACAGUCAUUCGUGGGAGGAACCUCUUCUACAACUAUGCCUUGGUUAUCUUUGAAAUGACAAAUCUUAAAGAGAUUGGACUCCACAACUUGAGGAACAUAACCCGUGGGGCCAUACGGAUUGAGAAGAAUUCUGACUUGUGUUACCUCUCCACAGUGGACUGGUCUCUCAUCCUAGAUGCAGUGUCCAAUAACUACAUUGUUGGGAAUAAACCUCCAAAGGAAUGUGGGGACUUGUGUCCAGGAACAAUGGAAGAGAAGCCAUUGUGUGAGAAGACAUCUAUUAACAAUGAGUACAACUACCGCUGCUGGACCACCAACCACUGCCAGAAAAUGUGCCCCAGCUCAUGUGGCAAGCGAGCCUGUACAGACCAAAAUGAGUGUUGCCAUCCCGAAUGCUUGGGGAGCUGCACAGCGCCUGACAACAACACCGCUUGCGUGGCCUGCCGCAAUUACUACUACGAAGGAGUCUGCAUGCCCACCUGCCCUCCUAACACCUACAAGUUCGAGGGCUGGCGCUGUGUGACUAAAGAGUUUUGCUCCAAAGUCCCUGCCACUGAAACCAGCGAAUAUGAGAGGUUUGUGAUUCACAACGAUGAGUGCAUGGCAGAAUGCCCUUCUGGAUUUAUACGCAAUGGGAGCCAAAGCAUGUUCUGCAGUCCUUGUGAGGGGCCUUGUCCCAAAAUUUGUGAGGACGGGAAAACGAAGACCAUUGACUCUGUCACGUCAGCACAAAUGUUGCAGGGAUGCACAAUUCUCAAGGGAAAUCUGCUGAUUAACAUCCGUCGUGGAAAUAACAUCGCCUCAGAACUGGAGAAUUUUAUGGGUCUGAUUGAGACAGUAACAGGGUAUGUGAAGAUUCGUCAUUCCCAUGCAUUAGUCUCCUUGUCUUUCUUGAAGAACCUGCGGUAUAUUCUGGGAGAGGAACAGGUGGACGGGAAUUAUUCCUUCUACGUGCUUGACAACCACAAUCUUCAGCAGCUGUGGGACUGGAACCAUCAUAACUUGACGAUCAAGGAGGGGAAAAUGUACUUUGCAUUUAAUCCUAAACUGUGUGUUUCUGAGAUUUACCGUAUGGAGGAGGUUUCAGGAACCAAGGGGCGACAGAGCAAAGGCGAUAUAAAUCCAAGGAACAAUGGGGAGAGAGCCUCUUGUGAAAGCCACAUACUGCGUUUUGUUUCCAACACUACGCUCAAGAAUCGGAUUAAACUAACAUGGGAACGGUAUCGCCCUCCAGAUUAUAGAGAUCUCAUUAGCUUCACUGUUUACUACAAGGAAGCACCAUUCAAAAAUGUGACAGAGUACGAUGGGCAAGAUGCAUGUGGCUCUAACAGCUGGAACAUGGUCGAUGUUGACCUGCCACCAAACAAAGAGAACAAUCCAGGAAUUCUACUGCAGGGGUUGAAACCUUGGACUCAAUAUGCCAUUUAUGUCAAGGCUGUUACCCUCACGAUGAUGGAAAACCAUCAUAUUCAUGGAGCAAAAAGUGAAAUUGUAUACAUACGAACUAAUGCUGCAGUGCCAUCCAUUCCUUUGGAUGUUAUUUCAGCAUCCAACUCCUCAUCCCAACUGAUUGUGAAAUGGAAUCCUCCGUCUCUUCCCAAUGGCAACCUCUCAUACUACAUCGUACGAUGGCAGCAGCAACCUCAGGACAGUUACCUUUACAGACACAAUUACUGCUCCAAAGAUAAAGUCCCAAUUCGAAGAUAUGCUGAUGGGACCAUUGAUACAGAAGAAGCUACUGAACCCACCAAGCCAGAGGGCUGUGGGGGAGAAAAAGGACCUUGUUGUGCUUGUCCCAAGACAGAGGCAGAAAAGCAAGCUGAGAAGGAGGAGGCAGAGUACCGGAAAGUCUUUGAGAACUUCCUUCACAACUCCAUCUUUGUCCCCAGACCCGAUCGGAAGCGGAGGGAUGUGUUCCGAAUCGCAAAUGCCACUUUGGCCACUCGAAACAGGAAUGCGACUGGGACAGAUCACUUCACCAAUGUUUCUGACGCAGAGGAGAGUGAGGUGGAAUACCCGUUCUUUGAGACCAAAGUGGAUGGCAAGGAGAGAACUGUCAUCUCCCAUCUCCAGCCUUUUACUCUUUACCGCAUUGAUAUUCACAGCUGCAACCACGAAGCUGACACACUUGGUUGUAGCGCUUCCAACUUUGUCUUUGCAAGAACCAUGCCUUCAGAGGGAGCAGAUAACAUUCCAGGAACGGUAGCAUGGGAAGCAAAAGAAGAAAAUACUGUCUACCUGAAGUGGUUAGAACCUGCAAAUCCGAAUGGGUUGAUACUAAUGUAUGAAAUCAAAUAUGGGCAGCAUGGAGAGGAGAAACGAGAAUGUGUUUCCAGACAGGAAUACAAGAAGCUUGGAGGAGCUAAACUGACUCAUCUGAACCCUGGAAACUAUUCUGCUAGAGUUCAGGCCACUUCGUUAGCUGGAAAUGGUUCAUGGACUGAACCAGUCUCUUUCUAUGUGCAACCCAAAUCAGCAAACUAUGGAAACUUCCUGCACUUGAUAAUUGUGCUCCCUAUUGCUUUUCUGCUCAUCAUUGGGGGAUUGCUGAUAAUGCUGUACGUCUUCAACAAAAAGAGGAACAGUGACAGGCUGGGCAAUGGAGUACUUUAUGCUUCUGUGAACCCCGAGUACUUCAGUGCUUCAGACGUGUAUGUUCCAGAUGAAUGGGAGGUGCCCCGUGAGAAGAUCACCAUGUGUCGGGAGCUUGGGCAAGGCUCCUUCGGAAUGGUGUACGAAGGAAUAGCCAAGGGAGUGGUGAAGGAUGAGCCAGAGACCAGGGUGGCCAUCAAGACUGUCAAUGAGUCUGCAAGCAUGCGUGAGAGGAUAGAGUUCUUAAAUGAGGCCUCAGUGAUGAAGGAGUUCAAUUGUCACCAUGUGGUUCGGCUGCUUGGUGUUGUUUCUCAGGGCCAGCCUACGCUGGUUAUCAUGGAGCUGAUGACACGUGGGGACCUCAAAAGUUACCUGAGAUCAUUGAGGCCAGACACAGAGAGUAAUCCUGGCCAGGCACCUCCAACUCUGAAGAAGAUGAUUCAGAUGGCAGGAGAGAUUGCUGAUGGGAUGGCAUACCUCAACGCCAACAAAUUUGUUCACAGAGACCUUGCCGCGAGAAACUGCAUGGUGGCAGAAGACUUCACAGUGAAAAUUGGAGAUUUUGGCAUGACAAGAGAUAUCUACGAGACAGAUUAUUAUCGUAAAGGAGGGAAAGGUUUGCUGCCUGUCCGCUGGAUGUCCCCAGAAUCACUGAAAGAUGGAGUCUUCACAACGCACUCCGAUGUCUGGUCUUUUGGUGUUGUACUUUGGGAGAUUGCAACGUUAGCAGAGCAGCCGUACCAAGGCAUGACCAAUGAACAAGUGCUCCGCUUUGUGAUGGAAGGAGGUUUGCUGGAAAAACCAGACAAUUGCCCUGAUAUGCUGUUUGAGCUGAUGCGCAUGUGCUGGCAGUACAAUCCGAAAAUGAGGCCCUCCUUUCUGGAAAUAAUCGGUAGCAUUAAAGACGAGCUGGAUCCAGCAUUCAAAGAGGUCUCCUUCUUCUACAGUGAAGAGAACAAGCCUCCAGAUACAGAGGAGCUUGACCUGGAGACUGAAAACAUGGAGAGCAUUCCUUUAGAUCCCUCCUCCACCCUCCAACCCACUGACAAGCACUCAGGACACAAAGCCGAGAACGGCCCGGGCGUGGUGGUCCUUCGGGCCAGCUUCGAGGAGAGACAGCCGUACGCACACAUGAACGGGGGACGCAAGAAUGAGAGGGCCUUACCCUUGCCCCAGUCUUCGGCCUGCUGAUCCUUAGAACCAGAAUCUCACAGAAAUAAAACACAGAAAAACACAUGCAUUGGGGGAAGAAAGAAAGAAAAUUACAAUAUAUUCAAAAGCCUACUGUACCUCAGUGGAUCUUCAGAACUGCCAUAGCUGCACUUGGGAGAACCCUUUUUUCAGUAAACAAGUUAUCGUAUUUUUCUUUUUUCAAUAUGCAAGCAGAUGUUUGUUUCAGUAAAGGACUCCAUUCAUGGGGCACACAGUUGGCCUUUUAAAACUCUAAUGUUAACACUUAAUAGCAACAGAAAACUUGAGUUCUGAUGUCUCUCUCUCUCUCCUUCUCUCUCCUCUCUUCUUUCUCUUUCUUCCUGUCUCUCUUUGCUUCAUAAUGGGAAACAUAUCUGCGUGCAAGUUCAACCGUACAGCACUUUUAUCAGAUCAAAGAUAUUGCAGGCCAGGUGGCUCCCCGGUACCCUUGCAAGCACCUGCCUAACACUGUAGGUCUUUAUAAAAAAAACAAACAAACAAAAAAAAAACCACAAACAAAAAAAACACACAAAAAAAAACAACUAAAAAAGACUGGAUUUUUAAUGUUGCUCUUUAAUCUUUUUAGGAACACGUAAAAGAAUAAAAAAGGGCCAUCAUUCGUCCAAGGUUGUUAACCAUUUUCAACGCUGCCAAAUUUUGCCAAAAAAAUGAACUCUUUGUUUUUUGUUUUUGUUUUUUUGUAGGCAUGGAGGAGCACAGUAAUCAACUGCUCUGUUUAAAAGAGAUCCUGACCAAUACAUUCUAUUCAAUCAUACACUGGUAUUUAAAAAAAAAAAAAUUAAAAAAUCAAAUUGUCUAGAUCUUUUUUCAAAACUGGACAAAAUGUGAUUUAUUUUUUCUUGUGAUGGAGAAGAUAAAAGGGAUGGGGGUAAAGAAACAGCCCUCCCUCCACCCCUAUCCCCAUCCCAGUGAAUUCUGGACAAAACUGGCAGUGGUGAGCUAAAUAAACACGUGCAUUUCGUACAAAAAAAGUCAACCGCACGCCAAAAAUGAAACAUGAAAAACAUGAAAAUAACCGGCAGAGAUCUCCAUCGUUGCAGCCUGCCUUCCUUCACAGGCUUGCAAGGAAAAAAACACCUAGAAACAUAAAUUGGAGAAGACAAAAAAAAAGCAGUAACCGGAUUCAAGUAUAUGAUGCUUUGUUGACCUUUUCUCUUUAUUAUUAAGACUUCUCGAAGGGUCUUGCAGUUCUAUGUUAGACCAUGGAUCAUUUGCAUACACAUUGUCUUUUGUGUCACUUUUAUAACUUUUUUACGGUUCAGAUACUCAUCUAUAUGUCUGUACAGAAAAAAGCUGCUAUUUUUUUUGUUCUUUAUCUUUGUGGAUUUAAUCUAUGAAAACCUUCAGGUCUGCCCUCCUUCCCUUCCCUCCCACUUCAACAAAUUUUCUUAUGCUUUGUACUAUAGUGUGUAACUUUUACUUCCUCCUUCCCAGUAACUGAUACCUUUCAUAUGAUUUGCCAUGAACUGUUUAAUGCCUUUUUAUAAAUACAUUUCCUCUUUUUUUUUUCUUUUUUUUUUUUUUUUCCAUUAGUUGUUUUACAACAUCUUGGCUGUGUGGGCUACAGGGCUUUUGAGGGGGACAUGGAGAAAGAAGGGACACCCUGCACGGAAACACUCUAGCAGUGCUGUGGUGUGGUGUUUUUAAACCUCAGUUUUCCUUCCUUCCCACUAACCUCUGCCCAGACAGCAUGCGAGUCUCUUACAGUGCAAGGCAUGAUACAAACUCAGGUCAGAAAAAAAAAAAGGUUAAAUAUUUAGUACAUUCUUGUUCAGUGUUUAUAUUCAUUGUUGUACAAGGGUCCUACCCCUCCUCCCCUCCCCGCUUGUUUUGGUUGUGGCACACAUCCACCCACCCAUCCCCACACACACUCCCCACACAGACACACACACAUACUUCUUUUUUUUCAUUUGUUGGGUACAACAGCAGACACCAGGCUUUUGGGUCACUGAUUUUUAAAAAGACUAUUGUAACCCUUCCGCCCCGUGAACAGGAGCUAUACCCGUUGCAGCUAGUGAUGCCAGGCGUUCUUAGGGUGGCCACUGAACACCUGGCUCCAGCAAACCCCAGCUCUUCACCUUCCUAAUGAGAGGAAGCCCUCAUGGAGGGCACCCUGGGCUGCACUUCGCACCCCUGGCAAGAAAAAAAAACAACAACCAAACCAAACCCACCACGCCAUUUCCACAGGGCUGGGUGGAAAGGCUGUAGCUGGUGCCAGUAUCUUGGCUAGCAAACAGUUAAGUGUUGGCAGCUAUGGAAACCUGUACAAGUAGGAGCUUGUUGCUUAAAUCAUAGACCAAACCUCAGAACAAAAGAAAACGAGUAAGCUUGUUUGUUCAGUUGCAGAAGCCUUGGUGAAAGGGGAAGGAGGGGGCCAUCAGAAAGUCUACAACCAAGGAGUCAUACCAGUUGCUCAUCGUACCUUAGUUACAGCAUCUUAAGCCUUUGUUUAGCACUGAUCCAACCAAAUGAUGGCAGUGAAGAGGUGGUUCUGGGAUGGAAACGUUGAAAUCUUUUGAGUAAGAACAAAGAAUUAAAAUAUACUGAUUGCUAGUUUUGACUGGAGAUUUUUAAAAAGUUUGUAGUGCUUUUUGCUUGUGUAGUUUAGGUCCCAUUAUCUUCUCUUGCCUCUGUCCCAUAGUUAUUUUUCCCUUUUAAAAAUGAAAAAGACAAAAAAGUUAAUUAAGAAGGUAUUCUAUGUAGGAUUUUUUAUUUAUUUUUGUGAUAUCAGUUUAAAUCACUGUAGAGAUGCCCCAUAAUAAAUUUAAAUACUGAGAUAAGGGGUUUUGAGUAUGACGGGGGACAGUUUUUGAUUUUUUUUUUUUUCCAAACAUUUAUCUACCUCACUCUUAUUUUUUUAUAUGUGUGUAUAUAAAAAAAAAUACAUCUCACAUUUCUCAGCAGCCAAUAAAUGCCGUUGAUACUGGUAACCUCUCACUCCAUAUACCACAUGCUCUAGGUUCUGGAGGGGAACAGUCACUGCCUGUCACAAAGGGUCACUUCAGAAUAUUUGCCUCAAUUCUAAGGAGUUUCUCUAAUUUUUUGGUUCACAUUCUUUAUUGUGAGGAGAAAUCAAAGAGCUGUCUGAUAUAGGGUGACCAUCCUUUAAGGAAACACCAGGGUUUUUCAGUGUGCUGUUGCAGCAGUCCUCAGGUCAGCAACAAAACACUGCGUGUUUAGACAAGCAGAGACGUAGCUAACCUGAUACGAGUACUUCAAAUUAUGAGUAUUGGAUGAAAUCUGGUACAAAAAUCAAUUGUUUAGAAUGUUUGAAGGUCCAGAAGAAUUACUAAAGGGAAUGGUCUUUCUGUUUGUCCUGUAGAAUGAGCUAAGUCAUUCCUACCAGUUUUUCCUCAGAUGCCACAAGCACCAAAAAGGCAUUUGGCUGAAUCAGCACCUAAAAAUAAAUUGGCUCGUACAGCAAUAGCUCUGCUUUCUUGACCAAAAAAACAAUGAAAAAACCUGUCACAGGCUGCCUGAUGAUACUACUACAUCGAGUUUACAGCUUUGGAUCUUUGCUGCUUCUGUUUGAUGAGAGCACUGAUAUUUUUUUUUUUUCAAAACUAACAUUGAAUUGAUUUCUUUUAAUGUGCCAGUAAAAAUUCAGUUCCCUUUUCUUCCCCUGUUUAUAUGCUUCGUAACUGUGGAUUCUGAUGGACCAGCCAUCAAAUUUUAACUGCCCUCUGACAGCGUGUAACUGGUUUACAAGCACACAGGACUAACAUGAGCUUGCCAUCAACUUGAUGUAUAAUGUUUCUCUUUUUCCAGCUCUGGCAGCUGUUCGUGCAGGUGUUGGUUGUGGUAUCUGAAUAAUGUGGUGCUUGGCUACUUCAAGUUGUACAUGGUCUCUUGAAUACACAGUGCUGUGGUUAAGUGCUACAGAGUUUGUCUUUGGAGCGAGCGUUUCUCUCUGGCCCUGAGAAACCAGCAAAAUUUAAAGUUUUUACUAGGUUGUUUUGCUUUUCCAUUUUUUAUUGGGUUCCGGUGACCUUUUGGUGCAGUGGCUGUUCCCCUCUCUUGCACAUAUUGAUUACCACAACUGGAGAUCCUCAGAUCUUUCAGCUGGCUAGGAGGGUUUUGUUAAAACUGUCCAAGUUACUGGUUUUUAUAAUUGUAUGUAGGUGGUUUUAAAAUGCAUUAGGAUGAAACACUAAUGACGUAGCACCCAUCAUGAUAAACAUUUCAAAAAGCACUUCAGUAGAAGACAGUCAUGUGGCAUCACGUGCGCGUGCGUGAUGACAGUCAGCUCUCCUGGACCAAACCACCUUCAUGAUACCAUUGCGUUCUGUGUUUGCAAUUCAAGCUUAAUUCCUUUUUUGUUCUGUUUGUUUCCAUAGCUUUUUUUUUUUUUGUUGUGUUUUGUGCAUUUUGAAUAGCUUUAUUCACAUGGGUUUUUCAUGCAGACUUCCCUUGGACAGUAAAUCAACUUGUUUGUGCAUGUGAACAACUGAGAAUUAAUGUUGGCUUGAUAGAGUCAUAAUACGGUUUGUAAUGUUGUUCUUCCCUGAGACCACUGGCUUGUCUGGUAUGGAAAAUUUAUUUAGAACUUCAGCUAUGUUUGAAUAAAGUUAAAGUAAUCCAGUUUGUUUAUAAAUUAAAAACAAAAGCCCACCCAGCCCUGAAAACCAGCAUUUUGACAAAUGGUACCAAGAUGUUUUAAUGCAGUAGGAUAACAAAUGGGCAUCACUGUGGGGAGCAGGCGGCUUUGAUGUUAGUGCGCGGCCAUUGUUCCCACCUGACUCGUCGGUAAAAGCUGCUCGGCGGCACAGAAGGUGGUUUGGUUGCAAAGGAAUGUGGCUCCUACGUAAACACAGACGUGUCAGCCGCGCGGUACCAAAUGAGAUGCUCUUUUGGGGGAAUCAUAAACUAGACGCAGAAGCUGAGCGUGAUGGAAGGUGUGAGGCCAGCCGGUGGGCACCAGGUCUUUCUCAGCGUGAUGCCUCUGCUCUUUAAAGCUGGUUCUAAGUGAUGUAUGAUUCUAGGCAUGUUCGCACUGAUGCUCCUCUUGGUCUUUAAAAACAAAGGAAAGAAAGCCCAGUUUGCCCAGGACAACUGGUCACCAGAUGGAACUGCUCUCAGGUCCUCUGGGAACUGCCGAGGGGUGUUCAGUACAAUCCGUGUCCAAGUGAACAACACUCCUAUUGUUGAUACAACUCCAUAUAUAUAUAUAUAUAUCUAUAUAUACAUAUAUAUAUAUCUGCAUAUGUAUAUCUAUAAUAUAGAUAUAUAUCUAUUUAAACCCUUUUCAUUCCAUUAGUACAAGUAACACUUGUUUCCUGUUAUUCUUACUUUGUUUGUCAACGGUGUAUGUAAUCACUGGGCUGAACAACAGUGGAGGAAGGUGCAAGGGAUCCACUCCUUACUAACCAGUGAUAAAAGCCAGAUAUUGCAACUUAACUCAUGAGUAGUUGUGCAGACAAGAAUUUAAGAAUGAUGUGUAGAAACAACACUAGCGGCCAGGGGUGCUGAAGAUACAGAACUACAAAUAGGCAGGAGGGCUUCGAAGGGUGCCUCGGUUCAGAAACUGGCUGCUCGGAGACACUGACCAGCCUCCAAACCGGAGCACAGCCAGGAAAAUCAGAAUUGAGACAGGCCGGUGUGGAGACAUGUGGAAACAAAGGAUGCAGAAAUGGGCGUUUACAAAGACACAGGGCUUGGCAGAAGAUUGAGGUAAUUUCCUGAGCUUGUUUUGUGGGACAGCAUCAGAGCUCAGGUAUCACAACUCUGAUCGUUGGUACUUGUAAAUAAACCUUUGGAUUUUCCAGCUGGGGUGGUAAAUUCAUUACCAGGAGUUUAACGGUCGUUAGCAGUGGGCUCUAUGAAUCGGUCUCAACUUACAGUUGAUCUGUUUUGCAAGUACCUGAAGACUAUCACUAGUUUGUGUGUGUGCAUAUGCGUGUGUGUGUGCUCAUCUUUUUUUUGGUAUGUAUUUUGUUGGUUAGUAAUCCAUUAGCAUUUUCAAUAGGGCUUUAAGUCCAGUAGAUUACGGGUAGUCAGUUGACGAAGAUCUGGUUUACAAGAACUAAUUAAAUGUUUCAUUGCAUUUUGUAAGUACAUAGAAUAAUUUUAUAAAAUGUUUGUAGUUUAUAAAUGCCUAAAAUAUAAUUUAAGGGCACUUUUCUGUGUCUGUGUAUGGGUGUGUCUGUAUGUGAUCAGUUUUUUUGAUGGUACCAGUUUACUAGCUAGCUUUACAAUAUGCCAAAAAGGAUCGCUGACUUGUCCAAUUCAUGGCUUGUCCCUCUCCCCCUUCCCGCCCAAGCUUUGUGUCCCAGUAUACAGUGAAUGAAUAAAUAAGUUGGGGAAAUGUUCUGUAUCUUCAGUAUCCUGGUCUUCCAGAGCCCUCUGGUUGGGGUGGGAUCAUCUUAACUGGUCAUUUCACGUUACUGUCUAGGGCAGUUAUCUUCACGGAUCACAAGAACCUCACUGGUCGGGGAAACAGAACGGGUUUUGCUGCUACCCGGUCUCACUCGGGCUGUUCAGUACCUGCUUCACGGUGGCCGUGUGGUUUGAAGGAUGCGACUACAUAAGGGAAAGAGGGAGGGCGGUUUUCAUCGUGACUGUUGAAGACCUAUUUGCAGAUUUCUUGUCACAUCAAAAGUUUGCGUGCAGCCUCUAAAGACGUUGAGCACCAUUUGAAGCUUUGUUGAAAUGCGCAAGGCGGGGUCCCUAUUUAUUUUUAUUUAAGCAUAUUGAAGAUCCCUUCACCCUCACUCCCCUCAAUUUGACUACCACAUUGCUGAAGGGUUCUGAUGAUUUAGAUACUGUUUAAAAAUCAGCUCUUCUGUUUUCUGAACCAGUGAGGUUUGAGAUGAAAGGAUUGGCCAGAGUUUGUCUACCUCUGGGACAAAAACAAAACUAGAAAGUGCUAAGGAAUGGAUGCAGUUGCAAAUACAUUUUCCAAUUUUUCUUGUUUAAAUUUUUUUAAGAGAAAAUUAAACAAUAACAUGGCCAAUUUAUUACAUAAAAAGACUUGCUGUGUAUAAAUUAUUCCUAAAGAAAUUCCUGUGUUUAUAUUAAAAUGAAUCAGUAGAUAAAAAAAAAAUUUCAAAAUGUUUUUGUAUAUUCUGUUGUAAGAAUUUAUUCCUGUUAUUGCGAUAUACUCGGGAUUCUUUACAUUAUGAAAAGAAGAAACUUUGUCUAUUUUGAAUGGCUGAAGCUAAGGCUCCUUUAGUUUCUCUUACUCUGCUUUUUUCUAGUAGUUUCAGUACUACAUGAUUUAAGUUAAAUAAAAGAAUUCUGUAUGCA